AUGGAAAUCAAAAUUAUAUGCCAUCGUUGCAAGCAAAAGUUUUCAGCGUCAACUACUACGGAGAUCAUUAUUUGCCCGCAAUGUCGUACAGUCAUUCCCAACCGAACACCGAGAAAACAAUCGCCGCCUUCUGGUGGGGACUAUGGCAGUUCAAUUCCAUCAUUAAUAGGUAAGCUUUUGAAGAAACUUUGUCACGCUCUGAAACCGGCUACUGCUCCGGGGCUGUCAUCAUUCGUUUACCCUAAAUCUUGUGGUUUGGAUAAUGUUGGCGCAUUGGGGAAUAAACGUGCUGUGCUUUGCGGUGUGAGCUACAAAAAGUGGAAGUAUAAGCUCAAAGGGACCAUAAACGAUGUGUUCAACAUGAGAGAUUUGUUGAUUCGGUACUACGAAUAUCGGGAUGAAAACAUGCUAAUUCUCACAGAGGAACAACCAGACGCCAGGCUUAUACCAACGAAGGCGAACAUCGAGAGUAGCUUGAAAUGGCUGGUGAAGGACUGUCGUUCAGGAGAUUCGCUGGUUUUUUAUUAUUCCGGGCACGGCUUACGGCAACCCGAUUUUGAAGGCGAUGAGAUUGAUGGGUUCGACGAGACCAUAUGCCCGGUUGAUUUUCUGAAAGAAGGCAUGAUCGUCGACAAUGACAUUUAUGCCACCAUUGUUCAGCCGCUGACAGAGGGUGUCAGGCUUCAUGCCAUUGUUGAUGCUUGCCAUAGCGGAACUAUUCUUGAUCUAGAGCACUACUAUGACAACAACGAACAGCAAUGGAAAGAUAACAAACCUCCAUCGGGUGCGAGGAAACAAACAAGUGGUGGAAAAGCUUAUUGUAUCAGUGCUUGCGAAGAUGACCAGGUUGCUGCUGACACAACGGCAUUUAGUUCCAAGACAAUGAAUGGGGCAUUGACGUACAUUUUAAUAGAGGUUGUAAAAGCAAACCCAGAUGUAACAUACGGGAUUUUGCUUAAAAAUAUUUUGGAAAGAAUUGACAAGGCCAACGAGCGAGGAUGUGUGGGUGGUUCUGGCAUUUUGAGCCGAAUUUUUGGUCCCAAUAUCACACAGAAACCUUUACUUUCAGCUUCUGAACAGUUCAACAUUUACGAGACCCAAUUUAAACUUUAAGUGUGUGUAUAUAUAUCAACAAUUGAAGUAACAUCAGCCAUGGGAUCAAUGGGAGGAGCUAUCUUUUGAGGGCUGAAGGUUUCAUUAAUUGUGGAUAUGUAUAGCCUUUGGACACUAAAAUCUUUGUUCAUCUAACAUGUACGUAAGGAAAUAAAAACUUCUGGAAAGGAACAUCUUUCUUUU